AUGUGCAGGAAGGAGGAGCUCGUGAGCGGCGUCUACGGCUACUCCUCCGAUGGCUUCAACCGCCCGGACUCCAGCCACCACCAGGACCAUCAGCAGCAGCAGCAGCACGAGCACGUGGCGCAGCAGAGCCUCCGCGACAAGCUGAGGGUGCAGGACUUCGACCCGGCCGCCGCCGCCUGGCACGGCCUGCUCCCUCUCGACGGCGACGAGCAUGGCGGGCCCGGGUCCAUGUCGGCGCGCUGGGGCAGCAGCUGCAUGUCGGCUACGGCCCGGCCAGCGUCGAGGGCGUGCUGCGCAACAAGGGCGGCGCCUCCAGCUCCGGCACCGUGCAGUCGCCUUCUGUCCUCGCUCCCCUUCCUCGCGUCGCUGUCCCUCGCCGACAACCGGUUCCACAGCGAGCUCCCCCCGGGGGUCCCGCUGCCGCCGAACAACGCCUUCUCCGGUGCCAUCCCAGGGUCCCUGUUCACCGCCUUCUCCGCGCUGCAGGAGCUCUACCUCUCCCGCAACGGCUUCUCCGGCGGGGUACCGCCGCAGCUGGCGCUCCUGGGCGUCCUGACGCGGCUCGAGCUGCAGCACAGCGCGCUCACGGGGCCCCUGCUGAGGCUGGGCGCAAUGCGCUCGCUGGUCCACCUCGACGUGAGCGGCAACGCGCUGUCGGGCUCGCUGCUCGGCGCGCCGGGGACGCUGUCGCGGCGCGCAACAACUCCUAGUCAGCAUGAGAAGCCAAAAAACCACUUGAUAUACAAAGCUCUGUCUGCUCCUCUUGGCUCCAUGCCUACAAUUGCCUUCGGAAACUUGGGGCUAGUAUUCAGCCACAAACACCAAGCCUCAUAUACACCAAUAAGUCUUCAGGUGCAAGCGCUGCAGGUUUCUACAGCCUCGUGGAGAACAAGCCAUACACAUUUACUCUCCCAGACGAUCCGUAGCAGGUACCUGAUUGGCUCUGCCUACGGUUGGGUUGUCACCGCCGACGAGACGUCUGAGCUUCACCUUGUCAACCCCAUCACACGUGACCAGAUUGCCCUCCCUUCCGUCACCACCAUUGAGCAGGUGAGCAACGGUGCUAUUCACAUGUACAAGUACUCAAGGUACACCGGGACCCACGGUGAACUCGACCCACCAUCAGUCUUGCGCCUUGACAAGCUGCGGGACUAUAUAUUUCACAAGGCAUUUUUGUCCUCUGAUCCGUCCACAGGAAACUACAUUGUAGUGCUCAUCCAUCACCCAUACUGGCAGAUUUCAUUUGCGAGAGGCGGGGAUGAACACUGGACUUGGUUGCCAUAUCAUUCUUGCUAUACAGAUUGUGCUUUCAAGGAUGAGCUAUUGUAUGCAUUGUUAGUUGAUGGAGGAAUCCAUGCAUACAAUCUAUAUGACCCUGCAGUAAAACCACGAGCUGUCAUGGAGGGGCUUAAGGGCUGCCUCCCUCCUAAAGUGUACAUUGCUCAAGCUCCAUGCGGAGAUCUGCUGCAAAUUUGGAAGGUGAGUGAAUAUUCUGAUCAGGAGGUCGAAGAUGUUUCUGAGCCUGAUUUAGACCCACCAGAUGAUGAUGAAUAUUUCUCAGUAUCAGAAGAUGAAUCAGAAUCUGAGUGGAAGGGGAAUCAUGUCUACUUUACUGAUGAUGAUGAGUACAUGUCAUGGAUUUAA